AGGCUCUCUCUCUCUCUCUCUCUCUCUCUCACAAUGCGUCUUCUCUCCCCCUUCCCUUCCCUCCAACAAUUGUGCAACCCAAACAAAAAGAGACGAACAUAGCCUAAACGUCGGUCCAGUCCCUCUCUCCCUCUCUCUCUCUCUCUCUCUCUCUCUCAAAUAUUAUCCAACGAAUGCUAUUCCAUGUGUUGUUUCUGGAAAAUCAUUUUGUUAUCCUUGGAUCCGCUAGGAAUCUUUGGUUGAUUUGUCUUCUUUGACGUUUCCUCCAUCUAUAUAUACAGUCAGUCGCAGACUUUUCUGUUUCUUCUUGCACUCCAUCGCAGAUGCAGAGCUUUUCUUUCCUUUGAUCCAUCAGCACAUUUUUGCGUAGAGGGGGCUCUGCAGCUUUUGUAGCAUAUGUAAAUGCUGGACAACUUUCCAGCGCCUUUUAAGUUGUUUGAUUUAGUCAUUGUUACACGAGUAUUGACAACUUCUCAAGGACAGGAUCAAAUUCCAUAUACUACAUGUAAAUGUAACGGCUCCUCAACAUCUUUAGUUCAUGAUGGGCGAGUGGGUCGUUGGGGCUUUCAUUAACCUUUUUGGCAGCAUUGCCAUAAACUUUGGCACAAACCUUCUCAAAUUGGGCCAUAACCAGAGAGAGAAGUAUUCCAUGCUAGACAGUGAUGUAACAAAUGGAAAAGUUGUAUUGAAACCUAUCAUAUACUUCCAGACUUGGAGAGUUGGUGUUAUAUUUUUUGCUUUUGGAAAUUGUCUUAAUUUCAUUUCCUUUGGGUAUGCUGCUCAGUCGCUCCUUGCAGCCCUUGGAUCUGUUCAAUUUGUGUCCAACAUUGCUUUUGCAUAUUUUGUUUUGAACAAAAUGGUGACUGUCAAAGUGCUGAUUGCUACAGCCUUCAUUGUUCUUGGCAACAUUUUUCUUGUUGCAUUUGGCAACCACCAGUCACCUGUGUACACACCAGAGCAGUUAGCGGACAAGUAUAGCAACCUUGCAUUCCUUCUAUAUGGUCUGAUUUUGAUCUUAGUUGUUGCCUGCCAUCACUCCAUUUACAGGAGAGGAGAGCUUCUGGUUGCUAUUUCUGGACAGGACGUUAGGCCAUACUGGAAAAUGUUGCUUCCUUUUUCCUAUUCUAUUGUUUCAGGUGCUAUAGGAUCAUGCUCCGUGCUGUUUGCGAAAUCUCUCUCUAACCUGCUACGAUUGGCCAUGUCUAGCAGCUAUCAGCUGCAUAGCUGGUUCACAUAUUCCGUGCUUCUUCUAUUUCUUAGUACAGCUGGAUUUUGGAUGGCAAGGUUGAAUGAAGGAUUGUCAUUGUUCGAUGCAAUCCUUAUCGUUCCUAUGUUUCAGAUUUCUUGGACUUUCUUUUCCAUUUGUACUGGAUUUGUAUACUUUCAGGAAUAUCAGGUAUUUGAUGCACUAAGAACAACAAUGUUUAUAUUGGGAAUGGUGUCUGUGUUUAUUGGCAUUUCACUGCUGGCACCUGAUGAAUCAAAAGGUGCUGAAGUCAAAGAUAAUUCAUCAUUAGUAUCUGUUACAUCAUCUAGCAUUUCAACUGAAGUAAACAGGCUGGUUUUGCCAUGUGAAGAUUCACAAAUUAGAGACACAAGAUCAUAUGUACAAGCAAUGCUGAUCAAGGCUUCAGAUGUGGUAGCAAAAGCCAAGGCUACUUGUUCACUCUUGUUAGGUUUGGGAGAGGAAUCAAUCAAUGCAUCUUCAGUUCUUGUGAUGCCCGUGGUGUCGUCCAAGAUAACAGGGUUUAGAGGAACUGGCUUUGAUCGAACCAAGAUUUUCUCCCUAAGAAAUCCUGGUUGGAGUAAGAUCUUAGCAGAUGAAGACGGUGCAAAAUUGCUGGAUCCAAGGGCAAUGCUUGCUCCAAGCAUUAACUAGUGUAGUAAUGAGCAUUAAAAUGACUUUUAUACUUUUUGUCAUCCUUGGUUUUAUAAUUACACUUGUUUAGGAGUUUUGUUUUAAAAUUUAUUGUGCAUUCUUGUAGUCUAUUUAUGUGCAAAUAUACGACCACUGUAUAUCCUUGUUGGAUCCAUGAAUGAAAAUUUUGAAAAUAAAAUAUUUCUUGGUGAA